AUGGCAUCAUCUGGAUUGGAACCCAUUGAUGUAGACAGUAUUAUUGAAAAGCUAUUGAGUGUGCGUGGAGCACGUCCUGGUAAGCAAGUGAAUUUGUCUGAGACAGAGAUCCGUGGAUUUGUGGUGACAUUCAUGGUCAAUAUUACGACUUGCUGCGUUUGUUCGAGUACGGUGGUUUUCCCCCCGGAUGCUAACUACCUAUUUCUUGGUGACUACGUGGACCGUGGCAAACAGAGUUUGGAGACUAUCUGCUUGCUACUAGCAUACAAGAUCAAGUACCCGGAGAAUUUUUUUAUCCUGCGUGGUAACCACGAAUGUGCAUCAAUCAACAGGAUCUAUGGCUUUUACGACGAAUGCAAACGUCGCUACAAUAUUCGGCUUUGGAAGACCUUUACGGACUGUUUCAAUUGCCUGCCUGUGGCUGCAAUUGUUGACGAGAAGAUUUUUUGUAUGCACGGUGGUCUAUCGCCUGAGCUUAGUCAGAUGGAGCAGAUUAAACGCUUUGUACGCCCUACUGACGUCCCCGACACGGGUCUGCUGUGUGAUCUGCUGUGGUCUGACCCCGACAAGGAUAUCAUGGGAUGGGGAGAGAAUGACCGUGGUGUAUCGUUUACGUUUGGCCCCGAUAUUGUGAGCCAGUUUCUUAAGCGUCACGAUCUUGAUUUGAUCUGCCGAGCGCAUCAGGUGGUGGAGGACGGCUAUGAGUUUUUUGCGAAGCGUCAGUUGGUUACAUUAUUUUCAGCACCGAACUAUUGCGGCGAGUUUGACAAUGCUGGUGCUAUGAUGUCGGUGGAUGAGACACUGAUGUGCUCGUUCCAGAUUUUGAAGCCCGCGGAGAAGAAGCAGCGUUACGCGUACAACGGCUUGGGCUCGCAGCGCCCUGCGACACCGCCUCGAAAGUAA